ACAGCCGCUCUGUGCUGGCGGCCCUGCCAAGUCAGUUUGAAAAGAUCAGACAAAGGCAGCAGGAAGCCCCUCGGCUUGGCAAUGAGUGUGAGCGGAGCUCAAACGCAAAACGAAACCUCACUCUUUUAUCUGAUAGCGGUUUGAAGACACGAUCGAAUCGGACUGAAUUUGCUUCCCCUGAGGGUUGUGUCAGUUUUAGACAUCUUUUUAAAAUGUACGACCGUCUGGAUCCCCGGGUCGAGCGAAGACUAUUAUCGGAGCGCCAAACGGCCAGCAGCGCUGCCUGACUGCCAGCGUUUCCCCCGUUUGCUGUCGGUCUGUAUCGGAUUCAAGCUUCUUUUUGGGGGCUUUUUUACAUUUGAAUCCUAACUGCGCCACCGAAAGGAUCACGUGGGACGUGGAGUUGAUCAAUUUACACAGUUAAAUGUGAAAAGAAAGCAAGCAAAGGUUUUUUUAAAAUACCUUUUUUUUCUUCUGAGGGGACUGUAUUCUGACCGUUGGUGGGGGGGGGGGGGUUUGCCGCCGUUUAUAUUCGUAGGCGCGCGCGUGGAAGAUGGAGACGCACAUCUCGUGUCUCUUCCCGGAGAUUUUAGCGAUGAUUUUCAGCUACCUGGACGUGAGGGACAAAGGCAGGGUGGCCCAAGUGUGCACGGCGUGGAGGGACGCGUCCUACCACAAGUCUGUGUGGAGGGGGGUGGAAGCCAAGCUGCAUCUGAGGAGGGCGAACCCAUCCCUGUUCCCCAGCCUGCAGGCGCGGGGCAUCAGGCGGGUGCAGAUCCUCAGCCUACGGCGCAGCCUCAGCUACGUAAUCCAGGGAAUGCCCAACAUCGAGAGCUUGAAUCUGAGCGGCUGCUAUAACUUAACGGAUAACGGCCUGGGGCACGCGUUCGUGCAGGAGAUCCCUUCCCUGAGGGUGCUCAAUCUGAGCCUCUGCAAACAGAUCACGGAUUCCAGUUUGGGCAGAAUAGCCCAGUAUCUGAAAAACUUGGAAGUGCUGGAACUGGGCGGCUGCAGCAACAUCACCAAUACUGGUUUGCUACUCAUUGCAUGGGGUUUGCACAGGCUCAAGAGCCUUAAUCUAAGGAGCUGCCGGCAUGUGUCGGACGUGGGGAUCGGACAUUUGGCUGGCAUGACCCGGAGCGCGGCGGAGGGCUGCCUCAGUCUGGAAUACCUGACCCUGCAGGACUGUCAGAAGUUGACGGACCUGUCCCUCAAGCACAUCUCUAAAGGCCUGACAAAGCUCAAAGUGCUCAACCUGAGUUUCUGCGGGGGCAUCUCGGACGCCGGCAUGAUUCACCUCUCGCACAUGACGAGUCUGUGGAGCCUUAAUCUGCGCUCGUGCGACAACAUCAGCGACACGGGCAUCAUGCACCUCGCCAUGGGGACCCUGAGACUCUCCGGGCUCGACGUGUCUUUUUGCGAUAAAAUCGGCGACCAGAGCCUGGCGUACAUCGCGCAGGGUCUGUACCAGCUCAAGUCGCUGUCGCUGUGCUCGUGCCACAUCAGCGACGACGGCAUCAACAGGAUGGUGCGCCAGAUGCACGAGCUGAGGACGCUGAACAUCGGCCAGUGCGUGCGGAUUACAGACAAAGGACUGGAGCUCAUCGCCGACCACUUGACUCAACUGACCGGCAUUGAUCUGUAUGGAUGUACGAAAAUCACUAAGAGGGGACUGGAGAGGAUCACGCAGCUCCCCUGCCUUAAAGUUUUGAACCUGGGCCUUUGGCAGAUGACUGAAAGUGAAAAAGUGAGGUGAAACUCCGUGAGAUUCUGGAGGGAGGGGAUUUGGGGAGGGGUAUGGAGGAGGAGGGGGUGGGUGGAGAGUUUUUUCUUUAUUUAAAUAAAAUACGUCCACUUACGGUUCUAGUUAUUUGGAUUUCAGUACAGCAAACUACAUAAAAGCUUGUGCGUUUGGCAAGCAAACGCUGAAUGUGAUACAUGUUUCAGAUAUUAUUAUUAUUAUUAUUAUUAACAACAACAACAGAGUCCGGCCAGUGUAAGAAACACUAAAACAAGUUUUUCCCUAACAAAUCGCAAUAUUAAACCUCCUCCUCCCUAAGUAUCGCGAUAUUUUGGCUACCUCGUUAGAUGUAUUAUAUCUGGUUAUUCUUAAAAAGAAUACGUAUUUGUGCCUAGAAAAACAACCCCCCUCCCCCAUGAUCUCCUCUUUGGCUUGAGAAAAGCAAAAAAGACUGAAAGAAUGGAUUCAAACAACCUUUGUUAAUUUUUCUUCCCUUCAAAUAGCCAACAAAAGGAGUCGCAAGCAAAAAUAGGCGAGUUUAUGCAAAGACAGACGAAAAUACUGGGUUUGUACACUAAAGCUUUUAUAUUUCCAAUCUCUUAGUUUUUAUUUUAGCUUAAUUUUGCAGGCAUAAAAGCCUUUAAUUCCUGCUUUGAAUAAGAGAUUCCCUCUGCUGAUAUAUUUAUGCUUAUGUAAGCAGAUAUUGUUUAAUUAAUGGCUGUUAUUCAGAGCGUUGUACUUCAAAUUGAAGUGAAAUUUGACCCGAAAAAAAAAACAAAAAAAAACCCAAACCUCGAGUUCCCUGGUUGCAAGUCACUGAUACCUGGUUUGCCUCUUCACAAGGCUACACAGGGAACUACAAUGUUAUUAAACCAAUAUGUCCGUUUUAAAUAAAUGAAUAUUCAAUGUUAUAUAUAAAGGACAUGGUCGAAACGAGGAGCAAUUGAUAUUUUUUCGGGUAACAAGCAAAUGAGUGUCAGGCCUAUAUAUGUAAACAUGAUGUAUCGACCUGCAACAUGUAUUGAGUCCUGCUGAGAAGCUUCUGUGUUCUAUUGUACUGUAAAUGUAUUUGUAAAAAAAAUCCCGAAUUAAAAUGUUUUAUAUUCUUACAAGUAAAAAACAUUAAAGUUGGUAUUUAUAUAAAUAAAAAGAGCAGCGUGGAAUUUCGUUAAACUGUUUUUGUGGGGGAAUAACUCGUGAUUUGUUUCAUUAAGCUUAUGCAUUUAGUGUUGUUUUGUGCCCUUUUAAAAGCAGGUGAAUGUCAUAAUGUUUAGAUGGUAUCAGAGUCAAAUGUUGGUAUGGUAUUAUCAGCAGGACAAGAGGUGCCAAAAUGUGUGGGUUUAUUUUGUUGUUUGCCAGGUAAUGUAGGGAAUUUGAAAAAUCAGCAUUUUAGAGGAUGAUAUUUGCACUUUACGGGUACAUUAUUUAUGAAGCGCAACAAAAUGGAUGCUUCCCCUUGAUUGUGCUAGUUAGGUGUUCUUUCUUUUCUUUUUUUCGAAUGCAUCUAAUCCGAUAAUUUUUUCUCUUCCAGAAUCCAAUAUCAAUUCAGUGACGAAACUGGUAGAAAAUUUUCACUAAGUUACUCCGAGACCCCCCAAAAAUUAUAAAUCCUGCUCUCAACAGUUGCCAUUGUUUCCCUAAGUUAAGAAGCCAGGUUUUGGAUUUUUUUCUUCUUCUCCUUGCUCAGUCACGCAUACCAGAUCUAAGAGAUGGGGUUUGUCCCACGGGAGUCUUCCUCCCCCCUUGAAGAAACCUCAAAAGCCCACCCCCUUCCUCAAACAGACACUUUUAAACAUUCCUCACCAUCAUUCAAAACAUUUAAUCUUAAGUCUAUGCUCCCCUCCAGAAGGGGUGGAGGAUUUAAACGGGGUUGCUGGCCAAUUGAUGAGAGAGAAUUUAAGCCCAUCUGAAGGUUACCGCCAUCUCUUUUUCACAAACUUGGCUGAGUUCAUAGAUCUUUUUUUUUUUGCCCGGAAGCGACAUUUCUUGUUGCAUUUUAUACAGUUGGAGAUGUCUGCAACAUAACAUGUAAUAGCACGUUAACAAAGUCAAAUGCUCUCCUGCUAGAUAUUUAAUAAUGAGAUGCUUUAAUGCUACUGUGUUAUUACUGAACAUAUUAUUUGACACUAGUGUAUUAAAACCAUACUAGUGUAUGAUUUUGCAAAAGAAAAAAAAUCUUCGAAAUUAUUACACAUCUGAGAAAUCUCACACCUUUUUUUGAAAUGUAAAUGCAAGUUUAUUUUACUGCUGGCAGUAGGGCCAUUUUAACAAACAUUUGCAGCGAACUGUAAGGGUCUUCCAGCACCUGGUUGAAGGUGUCUCCAAGUUACAGAGAGUCACUUUGAAGUUUCAGAAGGUUCCAGUAAGGUGGGGGAGUGGAGGGCUUGGAGUUGGAAGUUAUUUUGCUUUGUCUAAAAUUCCAGGCAUUUUAGAAGGUACAUGUUAUUUGCUCAGAUCAAAAAGUGUAUUCAUCUAAUAAAAGGCACUUAUUUUUUAUUUAUUUUUAUAAAAAUCUGAUUUGGUUGCAGAAGAGGUUUGAGAGUUUAGAAAAGAUUGCUGAAAGCCAAGCCUGCCACAUUGCUGGAAAAUAGAGAGGAAUUUGUGAGUCACUGUUUAACUUUGCACUGUAAAAAUGUGUGUGUGGUGCAGGAACCCUGUCUGACUUCAGGAGACCGGCACCAUCUAGCAAACAUGGCAUAUGAGAGAUACUUAAGUUGUGUCAAGGUGCUGCUCAUGUUCCUUUCUAUGUGUGUGGCAUUGCUGUUUAUCUGUUCCGAACAAUGGCAUAAGGCCAGAUGCACAGGGCAUGGUGAGCAAACAGAAUCUUUUGCACAAUUAUGCACUGGAUAAAUACUUUGAAUGAAUGAGGUUUGAAUGAAGUCUCUGUGUGUGAUUUGAGCUACAGGAAACUUAUUUAGCUAAUCAGGAAAAGCAGAUCUUUAAUUUGUGCAAAAGUAUGCAAUCGGCAUUCUUGAGAACCAACAAUUGGCAACAUUUU